CAUACACACACACACACACAUACACACACACACGUCAGAGCAAGAGAGAAUCAGCUAUGGAAAACUAUACAGCAAAGAGCAAAGUGUAAAAACAGCAGCCCUAGAGCCCAGCCAUGUGCCAGUGAACUGCCUACAGAGGACACUCGGGGGGAAAGCCCUUUGCCCACAAGGGCACCCGCUCAAAUCCAUGAGCACCUGUGCACGCGUCCUCUGAGUUGAGAAAUCUAGAUGACUCAGAGGCAGCUUUUCUUACAGAGAUCUCCCAAAACCUGAUUGCUCCACAGGCCAUUGUGUUUUUCCUCUCUGAGUGAGGGAUCUUUUAGCGGAAUGGCCAGGCCUUCUGCAAACAAGCCUCCCAGCCCUCGAAGGGACAGUCUGUCUUGCUCUCCGCUCUCCAACUCUGCCUCCUGCGACUGGAGAUCUGAUAGCCCGGGGUGAAGUUUCAACCAGCUCGCAGUCACUCCACCUUUCGGUGGGUGCCCGAUCAUGCCAGGAAAGAGAAGGCAGGCCUGCCCCGUGAAGUCAUUCCACGAGGGUGGUGACACGGCUCACACGACUGCGGGAAAACACUGGCUCCCAGCUGCUGUCACGGCGCUGGGAGUAAGAGGUGACCUCUUUAUUUUUAGAAGGGGGCUGUCAUAAUAACCCAGCCCUUCGCUUCAUUCAAGGCAGGUGGCAGGCACUUUGGAAGUUUGUAAACACCGACUUUCUGAGGGAGGGAGGAGCACCUUUCUCCCCAAAGGACAGAGCUUCACUCCUGGGGUUUUUCCUCAUACUAUUCUGUGUGGCUGUGGAAAAGGACACUGUUGUUUGGCCUUAGCGGUGUGGCCAGAUUUGUAAAGGCAGAAAUGCCCGAAGGGGAGAACUUCGGACCAGGCAGAAGCUGGGAAGUUAUCAAUUCCAAACCAGAGGAGAGACCUGGACUCAGCCACUGUAUUGCAGAAUCAUGGAUGAAUUUCAGCCUAUUUCUUCAAGAAAUGUCUGUUUUUAAACAGCAGAGCCCCGGCAAGUUUUGUCUCCUGGUCUGCAGUGUGUGCACGUUUUUUACAAUCUUGGGAAGUUACAUUCCUGGGGUUAUACUCAGCUAUCUAUUGUUACUGUUUGCAUUUUUGUGUCCACUGUUUAAAUGUAAUGACAUUGGACAAAAAAUAUACAGCAAAAUCAAGUCAGUUCUGUUGAAACUAGACUUUGGAAUUGGAGAAUAUAUUAAUCAGAAGAAACGUGAGAGAUCUGAAGCAGAUAAAGAUAAAAGUCACAAAGACGAUAGUGAACUUGAGUUUUCAGCUCUUUGUCCUAAGAUUAGCCUCACGGUUGCUGCCAAAGAGUUAUCUGUGUCCGACACAGAUGUCUCAGAAGUGUCCUGGACUGAAAAUGGGACCUUCAGCCUCUCGGGGGGAUACACUCCGCAGACAGACACUUCUGAUGAUCUUGAUCGGCCUGGUGAAGAAGUGUUCUCCCAAGAUCUCGCUGAUUUUCCAUCCCUCGAAAAUGGCAUGGGAACAAAUGAUGAGGAUGAAUUAAGCCUCGGCUUGCCUGCCGAGCUCCAGAGAAAAAAGGAACAGUUGGAUGGUGGUCGCAGCGCAAGUCAAGAGAGGCAGUCGGCAGCUGGCCUCUCGCUCCCUCUGAACAGUGACCAAGCCUAUCGCUUGAUGGGUAACCUGGCCGGGGAAGUCAUCACAGCCGCAGUGUCUGCUGCUAUCAAAGACCAAUUAGAAGGCACCCAGCAGGCCCUGGCGCAGGCUGCCCUCAGCCCCGGAGAGGACACAGACAGUGAGGAAGGGGAUGACUUUGAACUGCUUGACCAGGCAGAACUAGAUCAAAUUGAGAGUGAACUGGGACUUGCACGAGAGCAGGAGGCAGAGGCACAGCAAAAUAAGAAGUCUUCAAGCUUCCUUUCAAAUCUACUGGGAGGCCAUUAAGCCGGGAAUUAGUUUGCAACAGAAUACCAAACAUCUCAGACAAGCAAAAAAGGAAAAGGGGGAAAAAAGGGGAAAAAAAAAAGGAAAAAAAUACAAACUGUAAGCUUUUAAUGAUUAGAUUUUUUUUGUUUUAUUUUCCCUUCUGCAGUGAAUUGGAUGUAUAUCAACUGAUACUGGUAGACAGGUUAUUUCUGAUAGUUAUUUUAUGUAAUAAGCAUGGAAAUGAACUUUACAUAUGCAUACAUACAUACUGUGGUGUCAGAAAUGAAUACACAGGGUUGUUUGUAAAGAAAAAUGAAACAAAAACCCACCAAAUUACUAAGAUCCUUCUGUAGGCAUUAUUUUUCUUUAUAAUUAACUUUCAAGCAUGUAAUUUAUUAUAACUAAUUGAAAAAUAUUAAUUGUGAAGACAUGCUCUGUCAAUGGCCCUUCUUCCUAAAACUUGGCAACAGUUUUAAGAUUUUGAAGUUAGAAGAAAGAUCAUUUAUCCAAGUGUCUUUAGUUGAAGGUGUUGGGAAAUACUGUCAAAAUUAAUUACCUAGGAAAAAUUUUAAAAAAAUAUGUAAGUACUCUAGAUAAGCAGGAACAUUUCCAUGUUAUUUCUGUGGUUCUAGACAGGCACACUUGUAACGUGGCUUGCUUCAUUGAUGGCUGCCACUAGUUCUGCAAUGGGUGGGGUUCAGUAGUUAUCACACUGAGGGUGCUUCUGAGGUAACAGGUUCAGUUGUUCUGUAGCUCAUUUCUGUCAUAUGUUUGCAACCAGAGGUGUUGCAGGUACAGAUCUCUUGUGUCCACUCAGACUUGUUACUUUCAUUUUUUACAUUGUGUCAUGGAAAAGUCUCCUAAAAUUGUGAAAGUAUAGCUAUUGCUAUGUUCCCGGUGAGUGAUGUGGUUAUCAGCAAUAAAGAAAUCAGAACUCUGUUCUCUUCUCUUAGUCUGCAUAGAUGAAAGAGAGAGAAAGUGGCUUGGCUUUAGAGUGUAUUUAUUUGCCAUUGGAGUCUAAAUAUAUCCUGUUUCUUAUUGGGAAGGUAGAAUGUAUUUUUUCCUUUAAACAUUUUUUUUUAGCUCACUUUAAAUAAAGCAGAAAUCAAGAUAGUUUUGUUUUGUCUUUAUAAUGCAAAUUUUAAGUAGUGUUGAGGGACCAUGUGAACAAAUAUCCCAAAUCUUUUUAAAUCUUCAUUUAUAGCUGGGAUUUGUCAGAUUAACAGAGAUGAGAGCAUUAGAAAGGCAUGUAGGAAAUCUGUGUUCCCAUCUUUUGGUUUAUCCCUUUCUUCUAUCUGACAUCUUAAUGUAGCAUCUCCUACAGUUUCUUUCUGAGUUAUUAAAAUAUCUAGACUGAAUUUUGCCAAAUGUUAAUGGAGGAAAGCUACUGUAGACUGAACAUUUAGGUUUCCAGGAAUGACAAUGUGUCAGUCAUUAGUUCCUCAUGACCGUGUGAUGUCCUUCAUUGACACAAAGUGAGCCCGUGCCUUCAUUUUCUUGCCCAUUUUGGUACAAAUGUAAACUUGUUAGGAGAUCUUGGAACUGUGUGGGGUUUGGAAGAAUAUAUCUGAAUUCUAUUUAAUAAAUUUCUGGACAUGAAGAAAGAUACAGCCACAUAUUUGCAAAAUAGCUGUUACCAGUAUUCUCUUUUAUAUAUAUGUAUGCUUCUUCAUUUACAAAAUAUUCUUGGGCAUGAAGUAAAAAAGUUUAAAGAUCAUUUCAGUUUCUUCACUGAGAAGAAAACAAGAAUUUAAAUAAACAAGCAAUUAAUGAAUAUGUUAUAACUUGUUGGGCAAAAUUCCAAGAAGAGAAACUCUAGGGCUGGUAGUAUUUAAUGGUAUGAACAAGACUAUAAAUUAAAGAGGGUUUACAGCUAGGUGGUUGGUAGAAUAAAAAAGAAAAGUCAUCAGUAUAGGAAAGAUAUACCAGUUGUCCAUGAAGGGUAACAAUAUAACUACAUAUGCUUUUGAGAGUACUCAUUUCAAAACUUUUCAUUGAAACUGAUGGAUGGGGAGGUAGAUUGUGUGUGUGUGUGUGUGUGUGUGUGUGUAUGCAUGUGUGUAAGGGGGCAUUUUCAGUUAAAAUACAGUAGACAAUAAGCAAUGUGAGUGAUUUACAGUAGGGGACUACACAGCUUUACCAUGUGAAUUUAUGCAAAUAGCAAUAUUUCUCUACUAUGUAAAAAACAAAACCCUGAAAAAACAAUGUCUUAUAAUCUAGGUCUGGUGGCACCCACCUGUAAUCCUAGCUACCAGGAAGGGGAAGUAGUAAGAUUGUCAUAUGCUGUUGGCUUGGGCAAAAAGCAUCAAAUUCUAUUUAA